AUGGCUCCUCCGUCGCGUGCGCUCGCCGACGCGGCUGCCGCUGCUCUUCGGGCUCUCCAGUGCUCCGGACCGGGAGCUGUUGAUGUCGCCACCGACACUUCGGGUCGUCCUCCGGCGCACCAGGCUCGUUUGGCGGGUGCCACCGCCCCUACCGUCGCUGGUGCUGUGCCUCCAGCCCCGGCCGCGCCUGCAGGUGACCCUACGGUCCUUCCAGCCGCCUCCGGGACCUUGGUCGACCCUCCACCGGCUCCUCCAAGUAAUCCUGAGUCUGAUGCUGGGGCGACCGAGACACCCCCGCCGGCAGUUCCCAUUGAAGAGGCUCCCGACUCGCCGCCGACACCACCGCCAAGCGCCAGCGCUCCACCGUCGCCAACUCCCGCGCCUUCGGUCACGUUGGCAACUCGCGGGGCGUCGGUUCCUCCGACAGCGGUUGUCUUGGGCGAGCAGCAGGUGCUGGAACUCGCUCGUCUCGUCGUGGGUGUUGCCCGUUUGCCUCUAGCUCGAGUCAACCCUGUUCUCGACCGCAACCUGCAAGCUGCCACUAACGUCGGUGAGGUGCUGGCCGCGGCUGUGGCCCCUCUCGACGAGGAGAUGCAUCUCCGCCAACGGGCUGACUAUUUCCUUGUGACGGCCAACUCGGACUGCAACCAAGCGCUCCAGAACAUCCAAGACAUGCGUACCGAGCUCACACACGCUAAUCAGCAGUUGUUGGAGAUGAACGCGGCCAUCUCCCAGCACGGCAACAUUACUCGGUCGUUGGAAGGUCGGACGCAGACCGCGGAAGCAGACGCAGCAGCUGCUGUUCGCCGGAACACGCAGAUCCAUGAGCGUAUCAAAGCAAGCCUCGUUGUCUACAACACCCAGUUGGAAAAGCUUCGGAAGCAGUUGGCCGACCGUGACCGAGCUGAUGUUAUCCCUGCCCGUAUCAGGGCGUUGACGGACGAGAACAACAGCUUGCGACGGGCCAACUCUAUCCUUCGACGGCACUCGGCAGCCUAUGGGCUCUACGUGGAUUCCUUGGUCUUGGCCUCGGCUGGCAUCUCCGCCGCUGAGAUCGACUGGAAUCUCCUCGGGCUGUCUCCACUGACGGUCACUGUCGCGAGUCCGCGCCGUAACAAAUCCUCGUCCGAGGAAGAGGAAGAGUCCAAGACGGCUGGCGUAUCGAUGGCUGAGCCUACCGAGGGUUCAGCUGCUCCCGCGGCUUCGCAGGUGGUGUCUGCUGGUUUGUCUGAGUCCACCGGGGCGUUCAAGCGCAAGCCCGAUUCGCAAGCCGAGUCGGCCUCUGCCGAGGGCACGACCGUCGGUCGACCUGAGAGUCAGAGCUGCAGCGGCCGCUGGGUCAUCCAGCCUCGGUCAGCAUCGGGUGAGGUCCCUGCACCGCCUCCGUCGACGCCACGACCCUCAACGACGUUCCGAACUAGCCGGUUGGAUGCUCAGCCUCUUCCGUACGAGCACUCGGACGUGCCGCUAUACCCUAGGUUGACGGGCGCUACUCUAGUUCCUCAGCCAGCUCGGUCUCCACCUCCGCGGGACGAGGGGUAUCCCGACUUCGAGUUCGGCGGUGCUGGAAGUCCAGACGACGUCCCGCAAGACGAUCUUGAGCCCGGCGAGAUUCCGGAAGCGCCGGCCGGUACAGAGGAGGCUGAAGGCCCCGCUUCCGAGGCUCCUGCUACUACCACCGAGUCUCCGCCUGCCGUCCCGGUUCCCGAAGCUGCGUCGAUCGUGUCCCAAGCCUUGGUCAGCGUUGGUCCGACGGGCGACGCACCUGCCGAGUCUCCUGAUGGUGACAACGAGGGUCCGUCUGCCUCGAGAAGCUCGCCGUCGGCUCCUCCAACGAGGACUGCCGCUGGCCCCGGUGACUCAUCGCCUCCCGAGGGCUCGCCAGAAGGAGGGUCGUCGGAUGGCUCGGAGACCUCGGAGGAUCGUGCAGCACUCAUGCGAGAGAUGUUUGGCUCCGACGACGAAAGCGAAGCCUCGGCUGCCCAACGGACAGUGACUGCCACACCGAGGGCUGGUCCUGCUUCUAUCGCCCCUGCGAUGGUCGACGCUUCGGACGCGGCGGCAGGGUCGCGCAAGCUCAACAACCUGGCGUCACUGUUUCUCGAACCGGGAUUCGUGUCACCCGGCGGUCAAGAGUGUUGGCGUUUGAUCCAGAACGCUAGCGUGCCUCUCCUUUUUGACGACGACUUAGUUGCUCCGUGUUCGGCGGACGGAAUCAAGGCCUUCGGCAAGUAG